CUGAGUGGACUAAAGAUGGGGGAGCAAGAUGGUUGGCUGGAGGCUAACAGUGGAGAUUGGAUGGCCAUCUUGGAUUCCCAGACGAGUACAGCCAAGGGCUCCAGGGAUGACAACAACAAGCCAGCCUGGACCAGAGGCGACAUAGUGGCGGCCAGUGGAUGGGACAGCGUCCUCAACUCUGGGCUAGGGAGCAUUGUUCAACAUAACCAGAAACUGACAGUUGAACACAAAACAACAUCUAAACUUAAUCUCCAUGACAACAUACUGGUUGAGACCAGGGCGAGGCGUAGAUUUGGUCCGCGAGGACGUGUCUGUAUGAGAACAGACACAGACUCAGCUAGCGAUGCUCCGUCCUGCUCCUAUAGUUGUGAUUCAGAGAGACUGAUGGGGCCUCAGGUUGACCCACUAACAGAUGCUGCCUUCAGCCUGCCUUCUAUAGGAUCUAUCAACUUGAACAUGGACCCUGCGACAACACAGACACUCCCUGGCCUUCGUCCUCCUCACACUCUCCUAAUGUUAAACCAGACCUCACACAAUGCCAGUGCCUCAACACUGUCCACAAGUCCAUUGACAAAUGACAGUAAUAGAAGUAACGCUAUCAGCAGAUCCAGUGGCAAAGAGAAGCGCUUCCCGUGUUCGUUCUGUGGGAAAGCCUUCAGUUUCCCCAAACAGAUGGAGAUCCACCAGAGGAUGCACACAGGGGAGAAACCAUUUGGCUGCCAGCUGUGCCGGGCCAGUUUCUCUCAAUCAUCCAACCUGAAGAGGCACCAGAGAGUCCACACAGGGGAGAAACCCUACAGCUGCCCCCAGUGUGAGAAGAGGUUCUCCCGCCAGCACCAGCUGAAGAUGCACCUGAAGGUUCAUACAGGAGAGAGGCCGUUUGCCUGUACACACUGUGGGAAGAGGUUCUCAGAGAGGAGCUAUCUCAGGAUACACCAGCAGAAAAUGCACACGGCCCUUGUAUAGUAAUAUGUAAUGUAGUACUAGUUUAGUUAAUUCUGUUGUAAUGGAUGUAUCGGGAACUGGAUGAGGUGAACUGAGGAAAGAAUGAGUAUGAUGAGGCUGAGUAGAUGAUAUGAUGGAUGGUGUAAAAAUGCUUCACUGAUGAAGAGCGACAAACUUUGUGUCUUUAGGUGUUUUAUAGUGAUAGUGCCUUAAUUCAUGAAGUAUUGAAGCUGUGUGUAAUGUUGAACCAUUUACCAAGUAUUCUAUAGUUACUUUCGUCAAAACGAAGGUACUAUAUUUACAGAAAAGGUCAAUUGUGAGAAGUUAUUCUACUUGUCAUGUAUUGUUUUGUGCAAUAAAUGUGAUUGUAAUGCUAUUUGUAUAAAAUAAAACUAAAUUGACUCUG